GCUGCAUUCUACCACAAUGACCUCUGUUAUUGGGCUCUUCAAGCGUAUCUAUACGCUCGCGAACCCGCCGAAGGCCGAUGUCAGUGCCGAGGCCGGAUCACCUAUCAAGUUUGGUAUUCUGGGCGCCGCCAACAUCGCGCCGCCGGCACUCACCAACCCAGCAAUAAGCCAUCCCGAAGUCGAGAUCUACGCCGUCGCCGCCAGAGACGAGAAGAAGGCGCAGCAGUUUGCGAAGAAACAUGGUAUCGCCAAGUUCUAUGGUGGCAAGGACGGAUAUCAGAAGCUCCUGGACGAUCCCGAGGUUGAGGUCGUUUACAAUCCCCUUCCUAAUGGCCUGCACUACGAGUGGACCAUGAAAGCUCUCGCCGCUGGCAAGCAUGUGCUACUUGAGAAGCCCAGCUGCGACACUGCUGAGGAGACUCGGCGCGUCUUUGAGUUUGCUGAGAAGAAAGGUCUCGUCGUUCUCGAGGCGUUCCAUUUCAGGUUCCACCCUGCUAUCCAGCGCGUCAAGCAGAUUAUUGACAGCGGUGAAAUUGGCACUGUCAAAGAAACAUAUGCUUCUCUCGUUAUGCCCGGCGGGGUCAUCAAGGAUGACGACAUUAGAUUUCAGUAUGACUUGGGUGGAGGAUCUCUGAUGGACAUGGGAUGCUACACGCUCAUGUGCACGCGCUACCUCCUGGGCACGAACCCAUCCGCCGUCGUUAGCGCCACUGCAAAGCGCUUCUCCGGCGACAACCGCGUCGACGUCGGCACCACCGCUGAGCUCACCUUCCCCGCACCCGCGGGCUCCGACUCGUCCGAGCCCAUCAAGUCCAAGAUCCACUGCGACUUCAAGGACCCAAAGUACUUCGGCAUCAUCCCGCGCGUGCCCGAUAUCAGCGUGCGCGUCACGGGCACCGAGGGCUCCGUCGAAUUGUAUAACUUCGUGAUGCCGACGCUUUACCACCACCUCACUGUGCGUCCCACCGGUAAGGGCAAAAAGACAAGGACGGAGAAGGUGUACAAGUUCGCGGACGGGACGCGGUGCGAGGAGUGGUGGUCGACGUACCGGUUGCAACUGGAGGCGCUCGUGCACAGGCUUAGGGGCAGGACGCCCCAGACCUGGGUGGAACCCCAAGACUCGAUUGACAACAUACUUUGGAUAGAGAAGGUCUACGAGGCGACUGGUCUUGGGUCGCGCCCUCCGUCUUCGUUCGUACUUCCGGAGUCAGCUUAAUCGUCUGGGUAGCGAGCCCAUGGAGCAUUCUCUGUUGGGACACCAUGAUUCAUUUCUAAGUUUAGCUAUCGUAUCCUGAACAUUUUUCAUUUGUUGUAAAGGCUAUCAGUAGCAUUGUACCAGCAGAAAUUCGGACCUUUUCAAAGCUCGCGAACAAGGGUUUUCGCCUUCAUAUGCGGGUUGUAUGCAAGCAAUUUACGACCUUGCUUACACUUCAAGUUAACGUGCCGCAACAUUAUUCCUCUUUCACGAACGAUACGCCCACGAUGUUCACCC